AUGAGUGGUGGGGUUGGGGUGGUAGACAAGGCAACAAGAGGAGUAGUGGGGGUUGGGGUGGUAAACAAGGCAACAAGAGGAGUGGUGGGGGUUGGGGUGGUAGACAAGGCAACAAGAGGAGUGGUGGGUUGGGGUGGUAGACAAGGCAACAAGAGGAGUAGUGGGGGUUGGGGUGGUAAACAAGGCAACAAGAGGAGUGGUGGGGGUUGGGGUGGUAGACAAGGCAACAAGAGGAGUGGUGGGGGUUGGGGUGGUAGACAAGGCAACAAGAGGAGUGGUGUGGGUUGGGGUGGUAGACAAGGCAACAGGAGGAGUGGUGGGAGUUGGGUGGUAGACAAGGCAACAAGAGGAGUGACAAGGCAACAAGAGGAGUGGUGGGGUUGGGGUGGUAGACAAGGCAACAAGAGGAGUGGUGGUGGUUGGGGUGGUAGACAAGGCAACAAGAGGAGUGGUGGGGGUUGGGGUGAUAGACAAGGCAACAAGAGGAGUGGUGGGGGUUGGGGUGGUAGACAAGGCAACAAGAGGAGUGUUUGGGGGUGGGGUGGUGAACAAGGCAACAAGAUGAGUGGCGGGGUUGGGGUGGUAGACAAGGCAACAAGAGGAGUAGUGGGGGUUGGGGUGGUAGACAAGGCAACAAGAGGAGUGGUGGGGGUUGGGGUGGUAGACAAGGUAACAAGAGGAGUGGUGGGUUGGGGUGGUAGACAAGGCAAAAAGAGGAGUGGUGGGGGUUGUCAAAUAUACAACCAGGAUACAAAUAAAAGCCUCCACGACUGA